AAUGGGUUUUUCUUAGCAUUAAAGCAAACAUUCUUGAAAAUGCAUAGUUUCGAGGAAGCCACCAAAAAGAAGUUCACUCGCUUCUCUUCCUGUCACUAUAUAUCCACCAAUCCUUGGUUCCUUCUCUUUUCCCAACAAUUUUAGGUUUUCAAAGAUUCACACUUUCUUCUGAGGUCGUCUACACUGUUAGAGUCUCGAUCCACCAUGGAUAGCUUCAUCAAUUGGUUGGUGUCCCUGAUAAGUUGUUUAGGGUCAAAGAUUAAUCCAAUACUUGAAAAAAUCACAGGAUAUACAUUUAAUGUUAAGGAUAACUCUUGUGAUGAAGCUGGAAUUGAUGGAGAAAUGUGGUUGCUUGUUGCUGGUGCUGUUGUGCUUGCUCUGAUGGUCAUUGUUGUUGUUUGGUUUCUGUGGGAGAUGAUUGUGGUGAUUUUCAGAUGUUUUUAUCCAUGUUGCUGUUGUUGUUGCAGAAGAGGGAGGACAAUGAAGGCUCCAGGGAGGGACUAUUACAUUUUAAGGGACGACUUUGAGCGCAAUCCUAGAGAUUAUUUUCGUAAUCUGCGUAAUGAUCAACAUGCGUGUUUGGUUUGAAAUUUUGAAGAAGUAAACCCUCCACAAAUUACUACUUUUUACUUCUUCGACGUGAAAAAUUAUGAACUUAUUAAGUGCUGUUGGUUGUUAUUAAGGCUUGUUUGUGUUUGAAUGGUGCAUGUUUGGCAUGAUUUGGGUGAUUUAAUGUUGUACAAAAUGUGUUGUAAUUUUUGUUGAUAUUUGAAGUGUAGUAUCUAUGUUUGCUGUUACUUGAUGAGACUGAAGUUUCUGUUGGUUAAACAUUUCUUGUUUAUUCAUGAAUGAGAUUGUAUGGUUCAAUUAUUUAGCAUGUUGUUCUUGAAUUUUUUUUUUUAUUUGAAUUAAGAGGAAACUUUUUGUUUUGUUUUGAACAUCUUCUUAAGUUCAAUUCCUGGGAAAUAAAUGUAUAAAGAGGUGUAGAAUUUGAAAACAAUCUGCAGACAUUGAUUUGCUUGACAAUGCAGAAGUAAUUCAGACAUUGAAAUGUGGUUUAUGGCCUUUUGGUUUUAUAUUCCAGAAGUAAUUCUUACGUUUGAAUGUAAUUUUUAGAAAUUAUUAAUUAUAUUUUUUUCACA